AUGGGCUGCUCGUCGGAACAGGUUGGCAUCUUGAAAGGAACAUCCCCAUAUGAACGUCUGCAUCAAGAAAGGGAUGAAAUCUUGAAGCAUCUCAUAUCCGCGUAUCUCUACACCAUCUUAAAAUCACCCACCAAGUGGACUGUGGCCACCUUCGCAGAGAUUGUGCAGCUAGAGACGGCCAUCGCUUUGUCCGAGUUGGUGUCAGAAAUGCCGAUCCGAUGGAAAAAUAGAACCUACAACAUCCGUCUCACAAACGCCCUGAUCAAAGGACGCUUCGGUUCGGUGCAGGAACGAGGCGAACCUUCCCGGCCCACCAUACUCCAGGCGUUGGAACGGAUCAAACGUGGGAAAGCGGCCAUCUGGAAGUGUGGCGCCAGCCACUUUCUGGUCCGUCGCUUGCUGACCGGAUGCUACUUCUACACCACGCAACUGGCAGGUUUACCGACCUUGAUGUUCUUCAGCUCCCUCCGGUCGAUGCUUAGCUUCGUGCAGGAAUCGUACAGCUUCACCGAGCGCACGAAGUUCCUUCUCUCGAACGUCAUCUUGCACUCGAUCGACGAUGGCGAUACUGUAAAGAUCGUUUGGAAAAUGAAAACCACCGUAGGAAUGCAACUGACCGGACCGCUGGAUGCACUGCUGCACGGUAACAUCUAUCUGGCGCGCCCAUGUUUGAAACGAUCCCUAGAAGUGGCGUUUCACGUGCUACAGCAGAACGAUCGAACUAGACCCAGUUCCUGGGACAACAAACUACUGAACGCUUGCUUUAAACGGGGACGAAACACCUCCAGAAUAGCUGAACCAAUAUUCGCCUUUCUUGGCACCACGAACGGCACACAGUUUUCUUUCGGUGGUUAUCAUCUGUAUCGCUGGGACUCCAAAUUUGACCAUCGCCAACGAAAUCACUUCGAAGAGGCGAUCAACUAUCUUCUGCCAUCCUGGACGGCACUGCUGAUCGUAGCACUCGAUUGUUGUUUUGUCCUGUGGUCCCGGGGGAACUUCAUCCAUUGGUUCAGCCCACACAGGUACAGCUCACUGCAGGAGCACCCGGGAAAGCUCAGGAACCGCGCAUGUUUCCUGCACAUGACCAACGCGCUAUCGAAUGCUUCGCAUACGCUCUACGAGUAUCUGUUCGAGUUGGGCAUUUUUCCUGAUCACCGCAUUCACGUGGUGUCACUACGUGUGGACCCUGCUGAAGCCAACCUCGCAGUUCCCUCCGCUAGCGACGAUAGAGAUUCCCUUGACCAAGAAGAACUUACCAUUCCGGCAGGCAGCGCCGUUACGCCCAGCAAUCUGUACCAUCCCGCUCUGUACUCUGCGUCACAGUUGCGGUUGGCCAGACAAGCGUUUGACACCAUCUACCGAGCGGCCGAAGAUCGGUGCGAUUAA